AUGUUUACGCCAAAUAAAGGGGGUUCCGGUGGUUCUGAAGACAUAUCUGACCGUGAAUGGCAAAUCCGGACAGGCCGCGCCAUCUAUAUCCUACAGCAAACGCUUCCUGAUUUCUUCGAUGUCGGCCUCGUCUCAAGCAUAGACCCCACAAAGACACCAGCUCUCAUAGAUUCCAAAGAAUCGGAUUCGCUGGAGGUACAAAACAUUUACAGUCCAAAAGUGAGGUUGAUGUAUACGCCCCCUGUUGCCCUUCCUUCGCCAUUUCCAAGAACGCUUGGCCUGGAAGGGCUACCACUGUACCUGGCUUCCUCUGUCUUUAUCCGGCACACAAUGAAAACAUUGUACUCAGACCUUCGAGUAGAGUUACGCAAGGUGGCGGUGCAAGGAUCGCCGCAUUCAGAAGGCGCGGCAGCCGGAACCCACUCGAAUCACCAGCGAGACAAGAGUCUCUUCAUUGGGCUGGAUGUGUAUGGCACGACACGCGUCAGCGGUGGGGUUGGGCGAUGGCAGAUAGACUCGACGUACAGCUUUUCGCCUAUUUCUGGGCUGAUACAGACUCAUACCAUUGACUCCAUACAUCCGGCACCGCAUCAAGCUGCUUAUGAUGCGCUCAGAGUGUCGCUCAGUAGUGUGUUCGGUUUCGGCGGCCCUGGUCCGGGGGAUAUUCGACCAGGAGAGGUUAGGGCGGUUAAUAGCGAUAAAGGAUGA